UGUCCGCCUCCGACCGGAAGCGGAAACAAAGGACAUAAUCAGUACCGACGUUCAGCUGCUGCAGUCCUGCGCUUUGUUUGUUUGAUUACGGAGAGAAGAAUGCACGCUUAAUCCAAGUGAGACUCCUUCUUUGAAACUGUGGAAUCAUGGCCAAAGAAAAGCGACACAAGCGAAGGGAGUCCCCGGAGGUGAAAGUAAAGGUGAAGCAGGAGAAGCUGAGCCCGGACAGGCCGCGAAGAAGAACCAGCAGCCCGGCGAGGAGGAGACCGAGCAGCAGGUCGCCCGGCAGGACGAGGAACCGCUCUGCGGGAAGGAGGGAGACCUCCCCGGCCCGACGAGGCAGCAGAAGCCCGCGGAGGAGAAGUCCUCAUCGCAGUGCCGACGUCAAGUUAAAGCGGGAGCGUGAGGAGCAUCGCUCUGCCGGAGAGGACCACAGAAGAAGAACCGAGCUGCCGGAGGAAAGGCGCAGCAGGUGGGAAUCGGACCGGCCUCCGGAGAGAGACCGCAACGGCGACCGGCGGCGGGACCGCGACGCCGCCUCCUCCCAGCAGGCUGAGCGUCGGCAUCACGACGAGCAGCGCCGGGAAACCCGCCGGCAGCGCGAAGAAAACCAAGAGCUUGACUUCGGACGUCCCGACAGCGGAGGCAACAGUCCGUCCGAGCCGCCCCCCGACAAGGAGAAACCAAACUUUGGUUUGUCGGGAGCGCUUACGGAAGACACGAACACGUUCCGCGGCGUGGUGAUUAAGUACAACGAGCCGCCGGAGGCUCGCAUUCCCAAGCGGCGAUGGCGACUCUACCCUUUCAAGAAUGAUGAGCAGCUUCCAGUCAUGUACGUUCACCGACAGAGUGCCUAUUUGAUGGGGCGGCAGCGCAAAAUUGCCGACAUUCCCAUCGAUCAUCCAUCCUGCUCCAAGCAACACGCGGUGUUCCAGUACAGGUAA